AUGCUGUUUCUUGUUUCAAUUUCACUCCUUGCAGGACUCAGCCAUGCCCACGUGAUCGUUUUUCCACCAGUCGCGGCUAUUAGUCAACAGCACAGCCAGCAAGCAACAUUCCGACUAGAAACUAGUGACGAUGAUGUGGACCUGACUACGGAUGCCAUGGGUGGACUGGUGUCCUUCGCCCACCUGCCUUACAUUCCCUGCUUCUCAUCCAAGACGGACGAUGAAAUCGACAAGUACGACAUCGCUAUCCUGGGGGCCCCUUUUGACACGGCAACAAGCUACAGACCGGGAGCUCGUUUUGGGCCCCACGGGAUCCGUGAUGGUUCUCGCAGAAUCCGGGAAAAGCACAACUGGGAUAUCUACACGGGCCGGAACUCGCUUGAAGAUUGGGCCAAGGUCGUUGAUUGCGGUGAUGCGCCGUUGACGUUUGUCGACAAUACCAUGGCCCUGAAACAGCUCGUCAAAGCCCACAAGAUAACCUCUGGCCGUUUGGCCAACAAUGCGUCCAUCUCAUCCACUCCAAGAAUCUUGAUGCUGGGUGGUGAUCACACAGUCACCCUGGCAGCAUUAAGAUCCACUUACGAGCGAUGGGGAGUAGUUAAUGUGAUUCAUUUCGACUCGCACAUCGACACAUGGGACCCUACUGUCAAGGGCGGACGGAUUACAGACUAUGCUGCGGUUACCCACGGGACGUUUCUGCAUAUUGCUCACGAGGAGGGUCUUAUAUCGAACGACUCGUCUAUCCAUGUUGGGAUACGCGCACCGCUGGGUACGCGGCGAAGGGAUCUCGAUAACGACGUGCAUUGCGGGUUUGACAUUGUCACUGCGAGAGAUCUUGACGAAUUUGGUACGAAGGGUAUUAUCAAGCGGCUGAAGGACAGAGUUGGAGAUGGGAGGGUGUACAUCACAGUAGAUAUUGAUGUGUUGGAUCCGGCCUUCGCCCCCGCGACUGGUACCGCUCAGCCGGGUGGCUGGUCGACACGAGAGCUUCUCACAAUAAUUGAUGGCCUGUCUGGGAUGAAAGUUGUCGGUGCCGAUGUCGUGGAAGUGGCCCCAGUGUACGAUAAUAAUGGCGAGACCACAUGCCUUGCUGCCGCUGAUAUAGCGCGCAGCUUGGUUAUGUUGAUGGUGGACGUCCCUGUUGUUGCCUGA